GCGCGUGAAGGAGCCGCGCUUCGAGCGCGUCUCGCCCGCGCCUCCCGCCCGGGAUGGACUGAGCUGCGCCGGCGGCCCGCGCCGAGUCGGCCCUCCCUCACCGGGUCCCGCGGCGCCGGGCCGGGCUGCGGGCGCAGGACACCGCGUCGCGCGUUCCCCGCCGACGGCUCCGGACCGGCUGCCGCUCCGGGGAGAUGUCCGGCGGCCGGAGGAGGGGCGGCGCCCCCUGGCACAGCUUCUCCCGAUUCUUCGCUCCCCGAAGCCCUUCUCGGGACAAGGAAGAGGAAGAGGAGGAGAGGCCGGGGACGAGCCAGCCGCCCGCGCCGGGCCGGGGCGCUGCCAGUGUUGAAAAUGAGCCCAUGAGCACAAGUCAGAAAAAGGAAAAUGUACUUUCAUCAGAAGCAGUGAAGAUUCCCCAGAGUGAGGACAAGAGGAACCAUGCUGAGAAGCUAUCCACUCUUCCAGCACAGGAAGUUUCCAAAAAGCCAAAUGACCUUUCCAGCUCUACUUCAGAUGCCAAAGUGGGAGAAAGUGAUAAACAGCCAAAAGAAAGCUUUUUUCAGUUUCUUGGUAACUUAUUCAAUAUCUCAGGAAAAUCAUCUCUUGGUGAAGCCAAGCAAUCUUCUUUUAGAGAUGACCAUGACAAAACUGAGAAAGAUUUACGGAACCCCAGUGCCCGUCGUGAGGAAGGGGUCCUAGGGAAGAGGGCCACCGUCGGUGGCUCCCUGGGGGCCCAGGCACUUCCAGCAGAAGAGCUAGAGUCCAACUCAGCUGAGCUCUCAGAUGCCUUUUCAUUGGAUACAUCACAAGACAGUGAACAGGAAGCCAGUGAUUUGCUAAAACAAACAGAUGGUAAGCCAGAGAGGCCUUUGGUAACAUACGCAACAUAUCGAGGCCCGAGACAGAUGAGGAAAUAUUUGAAGCAACAGGCUGUGUUGGAAACCGUGAAUCCCUCAGCCAAAGAAAAUGAAAGUUCUGACUCUAGUACGAGCACACACAUGGGCCCUGGAAGUGAGGUGGAGGCUGGGACGGUGUCAUUGUCAUCAGCUAGCACAGACGGAUCGGUAAAAGGAUACGUGCUCGAGGGCCUGUCAGAAGACACUGAUUAUAACGAAAUAAAUCUCAGCACAGAAAGCCAUUCAGCAAACAACCAAGAACUGCCAAACACUGCUUCCAAGGAUGUUUUAAAUGAAAACGAUCCUGGGGGACCUGAGAGAAGAAGUUCAUCCCCUUGUGUGACCAACUCCAGCUCCACUGUUGGAGAAUCUGACUCACAGCACCAUUUAAGCUGUGCGCCAGUUUUGCAGACUGACAGAAAUUUGGUGUGUUCAGUGUGGUUUACAGGAAGUAACAGUAGCAAAAUUCCUUGCAGCCCAGACUUGCAGAGGACAGCUACACCAGGAACUAUGGUAAAGGAACACAGCUCGGUGAUGAGUGAUGGGACACUGGUGCAAAGAGAGGAGCACGUGGAGCCUGAGAACCCUGCUGUUUCUGACUGCUUCUCCAGUAAGUCUGAUAGGAGCAGCACCACCAAACCGGGAAGUGCAGGCUUGCCAAGUCCAAGUAAAUCAAUUAGGCGUGAAGACCUGCAGAAGCCAGAGAGUAAGUGUUCCGACAAGCAGACCAUAGAUAACUCAUCAAAGCAGGCUGCCAAUCAUACCAGCCCCAUUGCUCUCCAGAGACAUGCUGUGACAGACACGGAACUUGUAAAUGAAGGAAGCAGGUUGUCUGCCCAAGACACACAGAAAAAUUUGGCUGUUGCAGAAAUCAAGCAAGAAACCGAAAGCAUCUCAGUUGGUGAAGCCAAAGCUUCAAGUCAUGUCAAAGCUCCAAAAGAUAGAAUUGAGUCCUUACCCAAAGAUACUGGCCAGUUGUUUGUAACAGAAACCAGAAAGCUUGAUUUUAGGUCGCCGGGCAAAGCGCCUCCCCUUGUUAGAAUAAAUCAAAAGGACGCUGCCUCUGUAAAACACAUCCGUGAAUCAGCAGUUUUAGCAUAUGGAGAAAAUAAAAGAGCACUGGAACUGAAUUUUGAACUUAAUAGAAAUCACAUUUCAGAAUCUCUUCUUGAUUCUGAGAGUCCUCAACCAGCCAAAGCAUUGCUUGAGGCCACAACAUCUCUUAACCUUGACCAUAAAAAAUUAGAUUCCAGUACUUCAUCUCCUACCUUUGUUUCCAAAGUUGGCCUGCUAAGCAAGUUGGAUAGUCCUGUGUCCCAGAAUGAGGGUUCUUCUCUGCUGGUUGAAACUCGGAAUGUCAGCAUUGCUGGUAUUUCCAAUCAGCCUAGUAAGUGUCAAGAAAAAAAUGUGACAGAUCAUGUUGAGGCUGUGGACAGGGGGAACCUCCCUGCUUGCCGUCACCCUGAGCAUCCAUCUGCAAUUCUUGAAUCCAAAGCUGUUCUUCCUGAUAGUGGGGAAUGCCAGUUUCCCCUAGAUCUUCAAGCCAGGGACACCCACUUAACUGCAGUGGACUUGAGCUUUGAGUCUGAAAGCCUCUCUAAGGACCACAGUUCCACUUCAUCUCAAGACCCUAAUAAGGCAGAGUUAAUGCUGUCAAACACCACAACAAGUAAGAACGCUGUAGAGAAGUCUGACUCUUUCUCCUUGGAGACCAAAACUGAUAACAUUGUAGAAAUUUUAUCGAAAGCUGAAGUGGAUGGUCAGAGCCGUGUUCCUGUUGCGUCACCUUCUAGAGGAGGGAAAACUCUAGGUCUCUCCGAAACACCUAUUUCCCAACCAGGGCCCACAGACACUUCUUGGGAUAAAACUUCGUCUCCACUUGAGAUGACAGAUGUGCCAGCAAAGCCUAUUUUGUCAGAACUGACUUCCCUAGAGCUGGGACAGGACAAAAGUUUUCAGUCAGUUGGUCAGAAAGAGACUAAAGAGAAAUAUUCAGAUGCCGGCCUCAAAGAGAAUUGCCAAACUGAGGUUUCUCCUUCUGCUUCCGAAUGUCAAGGUGUACAGGAAACAGAGACGGAGGCCUUAGGUGAUCCUCCUGCUCUGCUCCAGAGUCAUAUACCUGGGGCUUUACCUCCUGCUCAUGCUGAAAAAGUCACUGGGCAAAUGGCACAGAGUUGUGAAGCCAACGCAUGUGUGAUUCCUCGACCUUCAGCUACCUGUGGGACAGAAAAGGUUCCUGGUUUUUCAGACAUGGCAGAACUCAGCUUAACUAAUACUUCCCCCAGCUUCCUGGAAACUGACAGCACGAAAGUGAACCCGCCUCUUCUGGAUCCUGGUAUCAGUUUGGAAAAAAGGGCUUUUGCGUCUGAGGAUUCAAGUUUUGUUACUGAUCCUUCUGUGCUGAGAUCAGAAAAGGGAGCCUCAUCUCACAGAAGGAGAGAGAACAUUCAUCUCCUAAGUGGUGGUACUGACAGCGUGUCUUCUUCCUCCAGUAACUCUGAAGAAGUUAGCGUGGGUGCGAGCUCACACAAUCCCCCAGGUGACUUUGGUUCUGUAAAAGUUGCCACGGGUGGCACAAACGAAGGUGCCUCCUUAGCUAACCAGCUGUGCCCUAACGGCUCUUGUUUGGAAUUUGAAACAUCUGUCACAGCAGGGGCAGAAGUCACCCCGCUUCAGGAACAUUUUGGGAAUCAUCCUGGGAUGGUGUCUCUUGAUUUCCCAACUGCUGCCCAGUGUGACAGUCCCCUGGCAGCAGGGGCUGGAGCCGUUGCUGGGGCUCCAGCGUCAGUUAACAGCUCAAGCCAGCAGUGUUCUGAAGUGUCUGCUGAGCACAUAGAAGCAAGGAGGAGAGCACAUGACCAACUUGUGGACCUUGAAAAUGGUCUGCAUAAAAAGGCUGGUACAUUGAUUGGUGAGAUCUUUAAUUCUGUCAGGGAGGAACUAAAAUCCAAACACACAGUCGGUACCUGCCAGGAGCCUAGAACCAUACACGGCAUAAUGAAUCCAGGUGCCUUGGAAGUAAACACCCCUGAGAAAAACCCCUCAGAAGUGACACUAACAGGGAUCCAGCUGGCAGAGCAUCUGGAAGAGCAGGCCGCUGAAAGCAUGUCAGAAGCCCAAGGGGAAGAAAAGACCUGUGAUUCGCCUACUGUUGGUGAGAAGAGCCUCCUUGCAGAUUCUGCUAGAAUGAGUGUAUCUUGGUUGAUAGAAGAUCGAGCUAGGGAAUUGGUCAAUGAGAUUAUUUGUUCAGCCCAAGAAACCUUAACAAAUGAUGCUUUUGAAGAUACAGAGGAUAGCUGGGAUUCUGAACUUCAGGCUAAUACUUCAGAAAUUCUGAAUAGUGGUAGUGUUAAGCCGUGCGAUAUAGUAAGGGAGUUCUUAGUGUCGGAGCAGGCAGUAAAUCAAACCACAUGUGAAAUUAGUGAAAAAGUUCUAGAUAGAUUCUUUGCUGUAAGUAACUUAGUUAAUAACACAGAGUCAAUUAAAGGAAGAGAAAUUGUUCUCUACCAGAAGUCCCCAUUUUCAGGAAAUAGAGCUGGGCUGUCUGAUAGUAUAAGUUUGCAGGAAUCAGAUACUGUUUUACUAGCUGAAGACACACCCGGUACAGGGUUAGAUGAUCAGGCAAAAACACAUUCAUUUCUCAAUGGGGACUCUAAAGAGAAAAUGGAAGUGGAGUGUGCUGAUAAUCACAAAACUGAGACAGAGGAUACAAGAACUCUUGCAUUGAAUUUCAAAUGGCCUCCAUUUGUGAAUGAUGACAUCCAUGUACCCGGGACAUCUAAAAGCAGUUUGUCUGAUACUUUUGUAUGUAUAUCUGAGAAAAGCUUGCCAGGACACAGUAAUAAAAGCACACCCCUUGCAAUGUCAGAAGUAGGGAAAGUGCACAAGAAGGAUACUGAAGUAAAUGUAGGAAAAAUUGAGCUUAUGCCUUCCAUGUUAGAAAUGGGGAAAAUAAAUAAGAAGGAUGCUGAAUUGAGUGUCUCAAAAACUGAGGCAACAGCUGACAUUCUGAAAAUGAGAGAAGUAAACCAAAUGGAUGCUGAGAGGUAUAUUGAAGAAACGGAGGGAUUACCUGCCAGUUUAGAGGUGGAAAAAGCUUAUAAAAUGAGGGACACUGAAGGGGGUAUUGGCAAAACUGACAUGAUUCCUGUUAUGUCAGAACUGAAAAAUACCUAUCAAGAAGAUGCUGAGAGAAUUACUGGAAAGACUGAAGUGAUUCCUGCUAUGUUAGAAAUGGAAAAUAUUUACCAAAAGGAUGCUGAAGGAGAUAUCGCAAAGACUGAGGUGACACCUGUUACAUUAGAUGUGGAAAACAUUUACCAGAAGCAUGCUGAAGGGGAUGUUGGCAAGACCGGGGUGACAUCGGUUAUGCCAGAAAUGGAAGAUACCUACCAGAAAGACGUUGAGGGGACUCCUGAAAAGGCUGAAGUGAUACCUGCUACAUUAGAAAUGGAAGAUAUUUAUCAAAGGGAUGCUGAAGGCAUGAUGGACAAAACUGAGGUGAUACCCAUUACAAUAGAGAUGGCAAAUACCUACCGAAAAGAUGGUGAGGGGAUGACUGGGAAGACUGAAAGACCUAUGAUGGAAAUGGAGAACACUUACCAAAGGGGUGCUGGAGGGGUGCUUAGGAAAACUGAAGUGGUACCUCCUCUUGAGCUGGAAGUGAACAAAGCACCCUGGGCAGCAGUACCUGCCUUCUCAGAAAUGGAAGACGCAUGCAAGAGAGAUGCUAAGGAGACCACUGGGGUGAUAGUGCCCAGGCCCUCUAAGACAGAGACAGAAGGAACGUCCCCAGGAGAUUCUGACGGGACUGUCAGGAAACACAGAGUGUUGUCCUGCGUGGUAAACAGUGAGAAAACGUAUGGGACAGGUCUGGAACUGCCCGUCACACGAGUGGAGGCCACACCUCCCACACCUGAGGCUGGGGCAGCGCGCCAAGAGUGUGCUGAAGGGAGUGCGGGGGAGAUGGCGAAAGAGACGACGGAGAUGAAGGCGGGCUUGAUAGCGUGUGACACCAGACUUGCCUCCUAUUUCAGGGGACAUGAGUCACCUACGCUGAGUAAGGAUUAUGAAGGCUACCCAGCAGUGCCGCAUGUUCAGCCCGAGGGCACCCUGGGAAGGCCGGACAGAAGGACACCUGUUGCUGCAGUGCCUAAGAGAACAAGACACCUAGAUUAUGGGGACGAAAAAGGGGAAGCCAACUUGGCCUUCGUUUCUCAAGAUGAGCAAGAAAAUUCUUCCUUUACUAUAUUAUAUGAGGAGCCCCUUCGAGAUGAGGACAAGUGUGCUACUGCAGAGGUAAGAAGAACACGUUCUCUCUUGGUUCCGGACACAUCCACCGACAGCAUGACUGUUUUCGCGUGUGAAAGGUCUGAGAGCAGAACUGACCUCGUCCGGCAUUUUGAAAAGGAAACCAAAGUAGGUGAGGCGUUCGACGGUGAUAGUUCAGACGUGUUCUUAGCAGUGGAGGCCAAACGGUACAAGAUCUAUCCCUUAGCUCUGUCUCCCAUUUAUGAGGACGACAGCUCCCAGGAGGACGUUCUCUCCAGCGAGGUCUCACCCGGUCAUCACGGCUCCACGAAGUCAAGGGAGAGUGCAGACCAGCCCUCCUCUGUUCUGUCGCUUCUCCAAUCAGUGUCAGAGCGUUUAAAGUUGAACUUUGAGGAAGAUGACAGGCAGGAGGGAGGGGAAGAGGAGGAGAAGGAGGAGGAAAGGGAGGAAGAAGCAUCACAUGAAGGAAGUCUGAGAACUCGAAGGCGGGAAACUGUUACCUUCAAGCUGCCAGAUUCUUCUGUCACAUUUUACCCCGAUGGUGACCAGGAAAGUACUGGAACUUCUGAGACUUCGUAUGUGAUGUCAAAUGAACCCACUACCUCUAAUCUGCAGUUUGGAUUGUGGCCAGAAAAGGCCUCAUUUCUACAAAAAUCCGACCUUACUUCCAAGCUGCACUCUUCUCUGAAGAGUGCUUACCAUCAGUACUUGCAGACUUCCAAAACCCAUUGCUCGGAAAAAGGAGCCAGAUUUGGUGGAGUUUUCCAGGAACCCGUGUCAAAGUAUUUCUGUGCUCAAGACACCUCAGGCCGAUUGAGCCUCUUCACAGAGAAUGUUGACAAACAAACUCUGAAGUGUAACCCAAGACCUGGCAAGGUGGUUAUCUAUGAUCUCCAUGGAAGUAAAGAUAAACAAGAGAUCUACUGUAAUAUUCCUGAUGCUACAUCUUGGUUCUUUCCAAAUGGGGUACUGAUAAAAGUUGUAAGGGGCUGCUGGAUUUUAUAUGAGAAACCACAUUUCCAGGGUCAGAAAUGUGUACUAGAGGAAGGGGAAAAAGUAUUAAACCGUGACUGGAUCCUUCAGAACAGAAAGCAUCCACAAAGAGACUUUGUAUUGGGUUCUAUCAAGCGUGUCUUAAAGGAUUGCAGUAUUCCAGAGAUAGAACUUUGCCCACAGUCUGACCCAGCAUGUUGUCCUAUCUACAUACAGCAAGCGAUCCCCAAUUUGGAAGAGCUGAAUAUCCCCAAGUCUGUGUCCUUCACUGUGAAGUCAGGAGUUUGGCUUGCCUACCCAGAUAUUAAUUUUAAGGGGCAAGCUACAAUUUUGGAGGAAGACCAAGGACUCUUUGAGAUUUCUGCAGCAGAAAUGAAAUCACUGCAUCCACUUCAAAUGGGUGGACUGAAAGUGGAAAUGCCUAUGAACUUAAAGGUUAUUAUUUAUGAGAAACCUCACUUCUGUGGACAGGCCAAAGAAUUUAGUGAGCAUAUAGAUUCUGUCCCUAAUUUUUUAAAAAAUGAUGUGGAUUUUCAUGGAAUUGGAUCAAUCCGUGUCAUCGGUGGAGUUUGGGUUGCCUAUGAAAAAGAACAUUUUAAAGGCCAGCAGUUCUUGCUUGAAGAAGGAGAUUUUGAAGACAGUAAUGCCUGUGGGGCGUUAAGUGGUUCCAUCUUGUCUUUCCGGUACUUACAAGCUAAUUUCAUAGAAUCUUCUAUCACACUGUUUGAAUCUGAUCUAGAGAGUGGGAAGUUUAUUGACAUUACGAAUCAGGAAGUUUCUGACUUAGAAGAAAUUGGCUUUGGCAGUGAAACAAGAUCCAUUCACGUUAAAAGUGGCGUAUGGGUUGCCUACCAGCAGAAGUUCUUCUGUGGAGAACAGUACAUUUUAGAGAAAGGAAAAUACAAGUGCUUUUUUGACUGGGGAGGAUCAAAUAAUACAGUCAUGUCAAUAAGACCUGUCCAGCUGGAACCGCUUGGGAUAAAUGAGCCUCUACAUUUGCUCAAAGCAUUCAGUAAACCAGGGUUCCAAGGUGAAUGUGUAGAUUUCACAAAAGAGAUUUUGGAUUUGACGUCAUCAUUCUGGCCAUGUUCUUUUAAAGUUCUUCGGGGUUGCUGGCUCCUGUAUUACCAAGAGGACGUUUCCAAUAACGAGUGUGUGUUAGAAGAAGGCCUCUAUGCUGACCUUACUUCCUGUGGCUGCCCAACAUCCAGAGUCAAAUCCCUCAAGCCUAUUGACUAUGUCUUUGAAGAGCCCUCUAUUAGCCUUUUUGCUCUGGAACAUUGUGAGGGGAGAGAGUUAUACCUGGAAGAGGCUGUGAACUCUGUUCUGAACAAGGACCUGCACUUCUACACCCAGUCCGUGUGCGUGAAAAGCGGACUGUGGAUAGCUUAUGAAGGACCCAAUUUCCUAGGAAGACAAAUCCUACUCGAGCCUAAUGAGAUCCCAAACUGGACAGCGUUCAGUGGAUGGAAAACAAUUGGCUCUCUCCGUCCUAUGAAGCAGCCUGCAGUGUACAUUAGGAUAAAGAACCGAGCCCAGGAUGAGUACCUGACCGUCACCGGGAACGUGGCUGACACCCGGGCGACCUCUGUGUGCUUGUCUCCAUACAGUGGGAGGAACACUCAGAUCUGGCACUACUGCCGAGGACUCUUUAAAUCCAAGGCCAAUAACACAUGUCUUGAUGUGAUCGGUGGUCGGGACACACCUGGAGCUAAAGUCGCCCUAUGGACUGAACACGGCCAGUUGAGGCAGAAGUGGAGACUGAACAAAAAUGGAACCAUCAGCUCCUACCUCAGUGAUCAACUUGUCCUUGACGUUAAAGGAGGAAAUUAUUAUGACAAAACUCAUGUAAUUGUAAAUCAGCCCCUGGAGGGAGAAGAAACACAGAAGUGGGACAUUGAAAUAUUGUGAGAGACCCUGCAGCCUCCCUGAGAGUCAGCACAGGGAGCAGGGACCUCGCCCCGUGGAAAGGAAGCUGCUCACCCUCACACUCCUGGAUCACUGAGCAAACUUCUUCCCCAACUACAAGACUGUUGCUCUUAACCAUGGCAAAGCUCAAAAUAUUCUUGCCAGUCAUUCCAUGUUCCUCUGAAGAGCGUGUUCUGAUUUCUGGGAGAUUGUAUUCCCACCUGAUCUCCAGCUUUGCUGAGCAAGUUUCCUGAGGUCUGUUUCCUCUCCUCUCCACCGAACAGGAAUCCUAGUCCUGACUGUUGUCAGACGCUGGUGAUGCUGUCAUCCUGUGUUAGCUGUUAAUCCCCUAGCAGACGCGUGUAUGAGCGCCAGGCACAGGGAAGCAGGGUCCUAUAGGUCAAGUCAGACUUUUAAAAGGGUGAAUACUUCUUUAGCAAUAUCUGAAAACAUAUUUAAUAAACCUUCCUAUUAAGCUGCUGUAUUAGAUAAACAUUCAAGGUUCUCUACUGAGGCUUUUUAUAACUGAAGCACCGUAAGUAUUCACACUUGUCACUGCCCCCAGGGAGGGGCCUCAGCUUUGUAAGGAAAAAGGGUCAACUACUGGAGUGUUUUGUGGCUGCUCUUUGCUCGGUCCUUCAAACUAAAAAAGCACAAAUAAUAUGCAGCCAUCCUGGCACUCUCAGUAUUAACAAAGACACCCUUCUGGGUGACAAGACUCUAACCAAGGCUUACCUGUCCCUGAGCAGAGACCUCCCUGGUCUGCCCUCACGGUAUAAAGACUCUGUCACCCUUGUAAAAGAUCAAAUUUUUCUUCGCCUGAAGUAAAAGGAAAUUUCAAACGUUCAAAACCAAGCGGUAUUUGAGCUUGACUUAUAUACCAUUUUACUUUACAAAAUGACAAACUGUUUUUUACUCCCGUUUGGAAUAGCUUUCAUUCAAGCAAAAUCAGGUAGGACAUCGUCUUUGACUUGAUUACAAGUAAUCGUUACCACCAGUCCCCCUGCAACCCACAAGCACCUUGCCCUCCAUUGACACAACAGUUUCCAUCAUCCCCAACUUUUGCCAGAAAGCAGAAAACCAUCUGCCCUAUUUUUACAUAGAAAGAUUAAAUUCUCCAGUGAUAUUUUUUAAAGUAUCAACCUAUAUGCACUUUAGAAUAUAAAAUAACAGUGAACUGUUUUAACUCAAGACCCACUAUUUUGAGUAUUUUUUAUAGAGACUUGGUCUUUCCAUGUAAAUAUUAUUGGGGCUUUUUUUUUCCUUCAAUCUCAGGCUCUUUUGUCACCUUUCAAGCAACAUCUGUAAAAACCCCUUUAUGCCCAUAGCUGCGAUGGCCUCUUACUAGUAAGGCAGUAUUAUUUAAUGAAAUUUAUGUUAUAGGAGUAACUUUAUUUUAAUGGGGGGGAGCUUGUGUAUACAUAAAGGUAUGUAUAUUUUCAUUGUAAAAAACCAAGUUAAAUUUUCUUUUUCUUCAUGUUAAUUGUUUAAAAUUUUUCCAGAGCCAGUGAGGCUCUUUAAAGAAGCUGUUUCUUCCAAAGAACAAAGCCAGGUAACAUUUAAUUUUAAAUGAAACACUUCUUAUUAGAGCUGUGCCUUUUCUACCACACUGGAUUAAAUAAACUUGUCAGAAAGU